CAAGACGUUUUUUUACCCCGACCGAACGAACAGCCGAGAUUUCAGUGUCUAUUUAUUUCCAGCCUGUGAAUAAUCCUUUUUCCCCUUUUGGUCACACUUAAUUGUGCUUAAAUCUCCGCCAGUUUAUCGAAGGAGGAUUUCAUCUCCGAGCACUGGAAGCCCUUUGACGAAGCCGUUAGAAAACCCGGUGUCCUUCUGCAGAAGCCUGAGUUCUGGAGGAGGAGUCUGCAAGGAACCCAUCGGUGACGAGACCUGCCUUAUUUUGACAGAUUAUUCUGCUGCCAGUCGCAAAACUAGGUGGUGGCUAACCCCUCUGUUCAUGAUUGAAGUAUCUUAUGUGAGCGGCAGUUGAUAAAUCUUAAAGUGAAUGGUUGUGAACAUGGAGAACCGUAAUGGUUCAAAAUUAACCCCAAGAAUUCGUAUUUUGAGUCUAGGAAAUCCAGGCGUUGGCAAGAGUUGCCUGAUUAAAAGAUAUUGCGAGAAAAGAUUUGUCAAUAAAUACAUUCCUACGGUAGGAAUUGAUUAUGGUUCGACAACAGUCGACGUGGAUGGACGUAAGAUCUCUGUCCACUUUUUUGAUACCUCUGGCAGCCCACUGUUUGAAGAAGUCCGCUCAGAGUUUUACCGCGACAUGCAAGGAAUUAUGUUGACGUACGAUGUCACUGAUAGGUCAUCAUUUAUUGCUUUGGAUGCAUGGAUGGCAGAACUGAGACACAAUUUAGGACCAGCUGAUGAGUGGAACUUAGCAGUCGUAGUCUGUGGCACUCGAACAGAUACAGGGGGAACUGGAGGAAGGCAGGUGUCCGAGACUGAUGGCCGUGCAUGGGCAGACAAGCAUGGUUUCUCACAUGUUCUGACUUCAGCUGCUUUAGGAAAUGGUAUCACACAGGCAUUCCAUACGCUGUUUGUUCAAGCAUUACAACAGAAGGAAGGGGUACGGCAGCCCGGGGGAGGAACGGGUGCGGUGGACCCUGAAGUGGUACAAGCUAUUCAUCGACUUAUCCACGCCAUAGACGAUUUUGAUAAGAUGGGCGUCAGUAGAAGAUCUGUAUCCAGAGAUGAAGUGAAUAAAGCCUACCGAAGAUUAGCAGCCAUUGUGCAUCCAGAUAAAUGCAAGGCUCCUGGGGCAGAGGAAGCCUUCAAGGCACUUACACAAGCCCGAGGAAAUCUCCUUAAGAUCAUGACGGAAACAACUGUUUAGUUACGUUAUAAAGCUUUAGGGCGUGUUUUUUGUAAGAGUUCUUUUGUCUUUCUUUGUUGAACUAUUUGUCUUGUUAAUUGUGUGGAAUAUUCUUCAUAUGUGUUUUGUACUUCAUGAUAGAGAGAAAUACUGUAGCCCUUAGUAGACUUUCUUCCUUACAAAUUACAGAUUCAAUGGUAAAUAACAGGAAUUAUAUAAGUGUUAAGUGACUGUGCCAUUUUCCAGUAGGCACAUCUUGGGACCAUUUCGUUAUUUAGGUGUCGGGAUCUUGCAUUAGUUUCCUUGGCAGUAGUUGAGAGGGACAUGUUACACUCUAACAUUAGGAAUUUGUACGCUUUAUGGCCGAAAGUGAAACUCAAUUGGUGGAAUGCAGUCUUUCUAAACUGUGAUUUAUGUUAGUUUAGAAACUUACUCGAGUAGUCUUGGUUUAUAUCGCCUGGUAUCUAACAGUAUGUAAAUAAUUGUGUACUUUAAAAUUUAUAUCAGCCUCUGGAGGACUAAUUACAUACAGUACAUAUGGUGAUUUUUUUUAUAUAUAGCAUGAUAAUUAGCUUUUCAUACUCAUUUAGAUUUUGUAAAAGUGCAGGUUGGGGAUGGCAUUCUUUGUAGGGGUAGACAUGAAGUAUGUUGGUAGUGAACGGUAGAUGAGAAACCAGUUUAAAGUACUGUUCUUUAUUAUCAAGUGUUGUACAGUAUUUAGCUGUCAAGUUACAAUGGUAUUUAGUUACACUGUUAAACAUAAACAUUCAUAAGCUAUUCAUGUAAUAAUUUACAAAAUUUAUGUUAUGUACAGUACUAUUUUACAAAACAGUUUUGAUAGAUUUAAGGAUUGUGAAUAUGUUGAUACUGCAUGCUUUAAAUUAGUUGAAUAGUCGAGUAUCAGUAUAGGUUUCUUCAUCUUCACACUGUAAAUAAUUCAAGCAAUUUUUGAAUGGAAGUUAGGUUUCAAGAAUUUGUUGAGCCCGAUUCAGACACUUUUUUGUCAUUGUAGUCAAGCAUGAAUUUUUUCUUUACAGUCAAAAGGUUAAUCUCAGGUAAAUCAUUAAUUCUCUUUUUGUUGUAAUCUUUAUUUAUCCCCAUGAAAACUAGUUCUAGUUACAGGAUAUCACCAAAUGUGUUUACUUGUUGUGUAUAUAUCAGUAAUUAAUCAGAACAAAUUGUUUUCCUUAAUGAGUUUUUAUACCAGUCAUUUUGUAAUUUGUACUAACCUACUGUAGCUAUAGCAUAAUUUAGAAACCAUAAAAUAUCAAACUAUAUCCCACGCUAGUUAUUUCUGAAUUUCUCUCUAACUUGAAGUAUUAUGCUCAUAUGUGGAUAUAAAGAUAGCUAGUGUUUUUAUGUGCAGGUGAUAGUUUUUUCAUAGACUACUUAUGUGUUUUCAUUCAGUUCAUGUUAAAUUCAUACAUUUUGAAAAUUUAAUGCUAGGAAUUUUUGCCAAUUAAGUAUCAGAAGACUGUUUGUUCCUACAGCCUUCUAUGUAGGAGUAUUUCUCAGAGUGAGCUAAAAUCAGACCUUGAAACUUGGUAACAAAGUAGCCAGAUGGUGGUAAGAGGGGCAAGUGGUAUUUUCUCUUUCAGAACUUCCUCAACAAAGUAAAUGGGGAGAUUUUUUGUUGCUUUGAGGGCUAAAAAGCACUUUAAAUUUCUCAUCGAUAGGGAGGCAAGACAGUUCCCCCAACUGCUGUAGUUGCAGUUGCUGCUUGGAUGAUGUCCCAGAUUAGGUUGACAGCCUGAGUUGUUGAUCAGGUCCUUGCUAUCCAGCAUUUGAGCAGGAAGUUCAUCUUGUUACAAGAUGCAUAGUUCUACAGAGGUCAGCACUCUUCCAAGUUUCAGCUGGGAGUGGUCUCAUUCAUCGGAAUGGACUGGUUUUGGAUUCCUUUUCACACUUUCUCUAGAAAGUUCAGACAGCAGUGAAGAGUGUCCUGAUAGCCAGAACACUUGAUCCAUUGGAUGUUGUCCUUCAAGUUCUCUCACAAGAAAGGAACGGAACCUUCAAGGAUGGCCAAACUUUCUGUGUCCAUUGUCACGAUGGGGUUCCCCUCCAAAAGAUCAAAGAUUUGUGCUUUGGACGAGUGAUAGCUCCCUGGUGUUCACUGUGGUGUCAGCUUGAGCCCAUUCUCAGGUUAGCACACUUCUGUUAUAUGGACAAAUGGUAGUUUGGGCAUCAAUGGAGGCUCCAGAACAAGGGGCCAGGCUCAGGUGAGUCCUGGCUUUUGGCAGGUAUACUGGGCGAAGCCAGUCGAGCAAUAGCCAGGUCAUUCUUCCAUCCAUUCUUUGCUGCAUGAUUGUGUGAGAGCCUAAGUAGGCAGGUGAUAGAGGUGGCUCAAGUUCUGAGACAUAGACUUUUCUGGAUGUGUUGUAUGUCAUUUUCUCUGGCAUUAUUUGUGUUAGAGCUCUAUGGACGUCGUAGGGAGUGGUGGUUCUGCUGUUCUUGCCAAGAACUGUCCAUAGUCCAUAGUGUGCUUCUGCCGGUGACUCAAUGAGUGCUGCAUGAGUGAAGUUUGUUAACCCAAUAAGAUCCAUAGCAAUUCUUUUUUCCACUGCCCAUCUUGGCAUUGGCUGUCAGUUCUGAUUUCAAAGAUAGGAUGGCUAUCAGUGCUGCUUUCAAAGCUAACAUGCCAUUUGCUUCUCGGUUUUAUGUUGUCAUGGCAGCAGGGGCAUGUCAUGAGGUAGAUGUGACGUUUGCUCAUCUAUCACUGGUAAUGUACUCGGGAACUCCAGUGUCUGCUAAACCAGCUUAUUAGGGCUCUUGUACAGUGUUCUGCCUUUUGUUGCUUGAUAGGGGUUACCUCAGGCCCUCUGGUGUUCCAGUCAAUUAUUGUGAAGAGGUAUCUGUACCCCAGAAGGUGGAAGGGGGUAGGGGCCUACAAUGUUAAUGUGGGUCAGUCGUUGCCAUGUUGUCAGGAUCUCUCCUAUCCUCCUCUUUACUUUUGACAUUUGGCAGGGGAGGCAUUCUCUUGCCCACAUGUUAAUGUCUUAUCUUCCUUCCCCACCAGAUAUGCCUCUCCAGCAGGAUUCAGGUGGUGAAUCGGCCUGACUGGUGGGAUAGGUUGUGGGCGAUGUUGAAUGCUGCCUUUCUCAACCCCAACAAAAAGUAUGGGCGAGGGCGUCUUGUACUUGUCUCGCAGGCAGUGGGUGUGUCUGUUGAUGAUGACCAGGUCACUCCAUGUUAAGACAAGGUUCUCCCGCCAAAGUCGCUGCAGGUCCACUACAUCUUUCUGCUCUUAUGUUAUGUCGGGAUAUGAUAUUCUGAUAUGGACAGUGUUGAUGGAGUUUCAAGAAAGAGCAUCAGUUACGCUAUUGGAGGAACCCUUUAAGUAUUGGAUGGUUUGGCUAUUGAUGACAGGUGCCGCCACUGCUUCUGGUGAAGGCAUGGACCAGGGGUUGGUGACCAAGUGGACAGCAUCGACCAUUUUCAGGAACUUGUCAAGGGGCAUGGUUGAUGCUUUGGGGAUGGCCGCGACUGUUUGGCAGGGUAAUUUUGUGAGUAGGACCUAUCUCACAAUGUCAAACAUAGUCUGGAUGGCCAUCUGUGGCGGGGAUCAUUACUAGCCACCACAGCUGCUUGUAGACAUGCGAUGGAUACUGGUCUCCUAUUGCUGCCCCUACACAGUCAAAGAACUUUCUAGCUCUGAGGGUGGGCGGCAUGCUGAAGGACAACCUUCCUUUGGUGCUUUCUAGGAUACAAUGGGCUGUUGGUCAGUGAGCAAUUCUGCAAUUUGCUCAAAGUCGGAACUCGAGGACGGCGUUGGCUUUGCAGGAUGAGGUGGUGAUCUUAGACCUGAAGAACCAGUGCCUCGGUUGUGGGUUGUGAAGGGCCUCAAGAGUGGAAUGCGACUUCUUCCUCCACAGCCUACAGCAGGUGGUGUUUUACCCUUGAAGUAGUCUUGGACAGAUAUCAUACUCAAGACCAUCUUUCUCCUAGUCUCCGGCAAAACAUACUGACAAGUAAAAUGGUCCUCCUCCUUCUGUAGCACCUGUAGGAUUAGAAUCUUUCUUCUUGUUGUCACACAAUUUCUUAUCUCUCUCUUUGGGACCUGGUGAUGCUGACAAGGAUUCUGUUCGUAGUGUGUUGUUAGAUGCUACCCAAGUAGGCCCCAACUUCUUAGCCAAGUAAUAAUGCCUCCUUGCUAGUAGUGGCAAUUACAAGAAGUGGGUCUCCAGGAACACCUUUGCUUCCUGACUUUGUGAAAUUUAAUUAGCCCUGUGACGCUUCCUGCAAAAUAGUUGUACAGUUGAAGUCAGGUUAAUUGAAACUAUCCCUACUUUUUUAAUCAAACUUUAGCAUAGUAUUAGGAUAGGUGAAGCAUCAGACCCCUUACCUCAUUAUACCAGAAGGAUGUCGACCUGCUCCGCACAUUGUGUAAUCACCCAAUCUCCUUUCAGACAGAAAAGCACCUGCACUCAGAAUGGUCAAAUAACUGGCUUCUUAUACUUUCUCCUCUUAUAGGGCAGCAGCUUGGCCCAUGUACAGAUAUACUCAUCCCCUUACCACCAAUUACAAUGUUUCAAUGACCAAUUCCAGCUUGUGAUUAGGAAUACUCCUACUCAGAAGGCCUUGGUUUCUAUACCUAAGAAAAAUAGAAAUAAGAUAAUAACAAAUUCCACUUUUAAAACACAGUAUGGCAACACCUUUAUAUGGAUUUAGAAAUUUGUAGCAGUAUCAAUAAAUGAAUGUUUAUGACUAACUGUACACAUAAAAAUUUAUCUUAUACAUUGAUGAAAUCAAGAGCUCAGCAAUAUUAUAGUAACAAUGCAUUAAUGGUUAUGAAGAUCUCUAAAUCUGCUGUACAUUUACAGUUUUAUGUACAGAAAAAUAUUUUUUUUAUUUUAUUUUCAAAUAAUACAUUGAUUAAUAAGAGUAAUUUGUUGUAUAAUACCUCAAAAUACUAUAAAGGUGUAAGAUUUUAAUCUUAACUGUGUUGUACCAACUUUCUAAAUGAUAAAAUAAUGGAUAAUUACCUGCAAUAUCAUUUGGUGCACUUGUUAUAGGUCUUACAGAUUGUACAGAUUGUUAUUUUGUUAUCCAGUUGUUUAAUAUACUGACUUGAAUAGCUUAUAAAAAUGAAAAAUGUCAGAAUCAUUGGCCUUGGCUAAAAUUAAUGGUUGUUUGUUGUUAUGCUUAGCUGUGAGAUUCUGUAUGAAGAUAUUUUGAAAUUAAACUGAAAUCUGGCUUUAAUUCAAAGUUACUGCAUUUCUAUUAAAGUAAAAUAUUAGCUCAGUUUCAUAUUGUAAUUGGAUGUCAUGGUCAACAUAAAUAAAUUUCAUUCAGAAUUAA